AUGGACGAGAAUGCCUGGCCUCCGUCCGGGGCUCUGGCACCGGACACCGAAGCGGGGUCCGGCGUCAACACAGACGACUAUGGCGAGACGCUGUCGUUCCUGCGUUAUUUUGAUACCAUGUUCCUCGUAGACGACUCGGCGCAGAUGGCGCCCUACUGGAACGAUGUGAGAGCCCUGCUCGAGCGCAUUACGCCCAUCGCAGCCAAGUACGAUCCCGACGGGAUCGACAUCCUCUUCCUCAACCACCGGCCAAAAAGCCUGCUGUCGAGCAUGAGCUUCCGCCGGUCCGGCUACCGCAACAUCGGUGCCUUCGGGGAGCACGACUCUGCCGACACCAAGGACACCAGCACCGUGAACGGCAUCUUCAACCGGGUGAAGCCCGGAGGGAAGUGCAACCUCGGAGCCCGCCUGUCGAAGGCGCUGAACUGGUACUGCGGCAAGCUCAAGGCCGAGGAGGAGGGCGCGGCGCUGAACCUGAUCGUGAUCACGGCGGGCCACUUCGACGACGACAUCAAGGAGCCCCUCGUCAACGUGGCGAAGCUGCUGGACCGGAUGGAAGUGCCGGAGCACCAGGUCGGCGUCCAGCUCUUUCAGAUCGGGCAGCCGAGCCCCGAGGUGGUGCAGACGUUCAAGUACCUGGACGACGAGCUGCACAAGGAGGCGCAGACGCGGGAUAUCGUCGACACGACGACGUGGACGGGGGAGCCGGGCUCGCUGUCGACGGAUGAUCUGCUGAAGGUGGUCCUGGGGGCGGUGGUCAAGAAGCUGGACGAGAGGAGUACGUCGUUGAACUUGAAUACUUCGGCGCCGGCGAGGCGAUUCGACGGGGGCAGGGACUUGUAG